GAAGAGUUGAGGUGUUCUGCUGGAGGCCUGCUGGAUCUAUCCUGUCACAACUGCUUUGGAAAAUGAGCAACGUGGGAUAAAGUCAGUAAAAUGUGCCAUUCAGAUUUGAUGAUUUUAACUGAGAUUUGACACGGCCAAAAGAGAAAUUGCCUGGUCCUCAGCCCACCCUGCUGUUCCUGACCCCCGCUGAAACACAUCUGUCACCAUGAAUGAAGUUAACAUAGUCAGAGAGGGCUGGCUUCACAAAAGAGGUGAAUAUAUCAAAACAUGGAGGCCCAGGUAUUUUAUCCUGAAGAGUGACGGGUCCUUCAUCGGCUACAAGGAGAAACCUGAUAUAAACGACCAGACUUCACCACUCAACAACUUCUCAGUGGCAGAGUGCCAGUUAAUGAAGACUGAAAGACCCAAGCCCAACACAUUUGUCAUUCGUUGCCUACAGUGGACCACAGUCAUUGAACGCACCUUUCACGUGGACAGCAAUGAGGAACGAGAGGAGUGGAUGCGGGCAAUCCAGUCAGUUGCAAAUAGUCUAAAGAUGCGGGAACAGGAGGAGGAGGAACCAAUGGAUAUGUUUGGCUCACCCAGCGAAAGCAGCCUGGAGGAGAUGGAAGUGUCGCUUUCCAAGAACCGCUCCAAAGUGACAAUGAGUGACUUUGAGUACCUGAAGCUACUUGGGAAGGGGACAUUUGGAAAAGUGAUUCUGGUUAAAGAGAAGUCCACCGGAGUACAUUAUGCAAUGAAAAUACUGCGCAAAGAGGUCAUCAUAGCCAAGGAUGAGGUGGCCCAUACAGUUACAGAAAGCAGAGUGUUACAAAACACACGACACCCCUUCCUCACGACACUGAAGUAUGCCUUCCAAACCCACGAUAGACUCUGUUUUGUAAUGGAAUAUGCCAAUGGGGGCGAGCUCUUUUUCCACCUGUCACGGGAAAGAGUGUUCACAGAAGAUCGGGCACGCUUCUACGGGGCAGAGAUUGUGUCAGCACUCGAGUACCUCCAUUCACGUGACGUUGUUUACCGUGAUCUGAAGCUGGAGAAUCUGAUGCUGGAUAAAGAUGGACACAUCAAAAUCACUGAUUUUGGCCUUUGUAAGGAGGGCAUUACCCCUGAUGCUACCAUGAAAACCUUUUGUGGUACUCCUGAAUAUCUGGCACCUGAGGUCCUAGAAGAUAAUGACUAUGGCCGGGCAGUGGACUGGUGGGGUCUCGGUGUCGUCAUGUAUGAGAUGAUGUGCGGCCGUCUGCCUUUCUACAACCAGGAUCAUGAGCGUUUGUUUGAGCUCAUCCUCAUGGAGGAGAUCCGCUUCCCCAGGAAUCUUUCCCCUGAGGCCAAGUCCCUGCUGGCUGGCCUGCUCAAGAAGGAUCCCAAACAGAGAUUGGGUGGAGGUCCCAGUGAUGCCAAAGAAGUCAUGACUCACAAAUUUUUCAUCACCAUCAACUGGCAGGAUGUGGUCCAGAAGAAGCUCACCCCACUCUUCAGACCGCAAGUGACAUCAGAGACGGACACCCGGUAUUUUGAUGACGAGUUCACAGCGCAGACCAUCACACUCACUCCUCCAGACAAGUAUAACAGUCUGGAUUGUGAGGAUCCUGGCCAGCAAGCACAUUUCCCGCAGUUCUCCUAUUCUGCCAGCAUAAGAGAGUGAUAGCAUCUCUCCCACACACACACACAAAAACACAUGAGGCAUGAAUACCUUGGCUACAUCCUUACAGCUAUAAAAUGACCAGAACCUCCAUAUUAAAUGAGGUUUUAGUUUGUCAGGAUCAAAGUGCCUCAGCUGGCAGUCAUACUGUUCUUAAGAACCCCCCUUCAUUCACACUACAGACAAAGCCUGGUCACACUGGCUGUACCAUAACAAACUGGACUUCAGUACCUCACAGUCAUCAGCACAACUCAACAACACAAUGACUGUAGCACCUUUGGAUGGCCUAUAAACAACUACUGCUGCUUUUUUUUCAGAUUGUAAAUCACAGAUGAUUUUUAACACUCUCCUUUUUAUGGUCUUUAUGGAAGCCAUAGAGUUCCUUCAUCAUUUUUCAAGUGCUCUUCUUCAGAACUAGCUGUUACCAUUGGUGAUAGAUGGUUUGUAUAUGAGGGAAGAAGAAGGGGAAGGGGGGGCAGUGUGUUGGUGGUUUUUCUGUUAAGUGUGUGUGUCUGUGUGUCUCUUACUGCUUGAGUUUUUUUUUCUUUUUUGAGAAAAGGGGGGGGGGGGGCAGCAAAUCCAGACUGAAUGUCAUCAGUGUUGUCAGAGUAAGUCUGUGAGUGCAUGAGGUUUUGUGUGUCUCAAUGCAACACUUGCCUAAUUUGCAUCAGGAACAACAGAUUAAUUGAAACGAUGAUCCAAGUGUCACUUGAGUGACAAAGACAUACUGUCCUUUGUAAACUGUAUGCAAUGAAAACAAAUCACUUGUUUAUUAGUUUGAUCUUUGUUAUCAGACCGGUGUGACGCCUCAGUUACCGGGAAUUGGGAAUACCUUAAUGCACAAGCUGUAUGUUAUUUUAUAAAAUGGCUUUUAAUCCUAACACAUUUUUUUUUUAUCUUUCUUGAUCAGAAAAAUACACAUCAUCCAUGUGAUUUAAGGUGCUUCAAAACCCUUAGUGAUGUAAAGCAAUCCUAAUUUUUCUCUGAUGGACCAUGCUCAUAAUGAUCACUGGAUUGGCAUCAGAUAUGGGAUGAGAACACUGACCAAAAUCGAUCACUUGUAAUGAGACCUGCACGUGCACUGAUCAAACACCCGCGCUCGCAUAUUGUUUUUUAAAGCGUUUUCAAAUCACUCGCGAGCUAUAUAAGUUACAAAAACAUAUCAGUUAAUGUAGGCAAUAGCUUAUAUUUUUCCUGCAUGAAUGCUCAAGCACGUUUUUUUUUAUAAUUUAAUGAAUUACGUUUAUAAUUUUCAGGGACAAAGAAUUACAUCUAGAAUAUGAACAAAACAAAUUGACCGAAAUAAAAAAUGUACAGUCUAUGUGUGCAACAGGAUCCAAGUUAGGCUACAAAAAAUGAUCAGCGUUUUAUUAGAUUAAUGUCAAUGAUGGAGGAAACAAAGGACAGUGCUCAGACAAGCAUAUUGAAUUACAUUGACCUGUGUGACACUUUGCAAACAUUCAAGUCAAGGCAAUAUGUAGCAUCAAAUCACAAUCCAUGUUAUUCAGGCAUUCAGGGCUGUGAGAUUUGUCCCGUUUGUCCUCGUGGUGCUGCCUUGCCUUGCUGUCUAAUCGGCGAAGUUGCUCAACCAAUUAUAUUAGGUACAAUGGUGAUUGACGUGCCCCCCCAGGCUAGGGGGGGCUUAAACUAGGGGCGUUCCCAGUGGCACACCUGGUACAGCGCGUACCAUAGAGGCAUUGUCCUCGUAAGCGGGCGGCCCGGGUUCAAAUCCAACUCGGAGCCCUUUCCCGCAUGUCUUUCCCUCUGUCUACCCCUUCACUCUGUCCUAUCAAUAAAGCCCAAAAAUGGCCCAAAAAAUAUCUAAAAAAAAAAAAAAAACCUAAACUAAACUGUGCAAGCAGGUGAAAGUAUAGCGAGCGGACUGUGCACGCGCAAAGCGUGUUUUUCUCCUCGCAGGUUUCAAUAUUGAUCUAGGGAGCAGAGAUGCAGGAUCCAAAAUAGCUCGCGAGUGAUUUGAAAUCGCUCGAAAAUACAAUAUGUGAGUGCGGAUGUUUGAUCUGCACGCGCGCAGGUCUCAUUACGAGUGCGCGAUUUAUGUCAGUGUUCUAAUCCCAUAAUCAGAGCUCAUUAUUUUGACACUUCAUGUAAAUAUGUCUCUUGUGCAAAAGAUGUUGAUUAUCAAAACUGAGAUACCAAAAGCUUUAGUCAAGUUUCUGGUCCGAAAGUCCUGUUGACUUCUUCUGACUUCACAUAGUUUCUAAUUAACAUCAAAUUUAGACUAUUUAAUUAUAACAAUGUUCAUGCAUUGUUGCAUGUUUUUAGACAACCUUGAACAUUGGAGAACUGAAUUCAGCACUUUUAAAGUACAUGUUCAUAUUGGGAGAGUCGUCCUUUAUCAUUGAAAGCUACAUAAUAAUAAGUACGGUUUAAUGUGUCUUUUAUAACCUACCAUUUUAAACUUUACCUGCUUGAGACUUUACAAGUUUGAAGUUGCGGCUAACAGUUCACAAGUUGGUGUAUUUGUCAUCUCUUUUUAAAUAUUCUUGAGGUUCCAGUGGAUCCACAUCACUGCUGCAUUUUGGGCGUGCUACUAGGUUUUCUUGAACAUAUUUUAGCUGGCGCUGAGAAAUCAUAGGGAGCUGUGUAUAUCAUGAACCUGGUCCAUUGUGAGAUUUUAUGUUUGAGUGCAAUGGUGACUUGCAAGGAUCUCUUUUUCUUAUUUUCAAUCCUUACCAUCUAUUAUUGAUCACGACACAACAUUAAAUGGAAAAGGGGGAGAUGCAUCCAUUGACAAUACUGGGUAUUAUACUAUAAAAUGCACCAAACAUUGUAUUGGUGCUACACUGUUGAGUCACUGGUAAUAGGUAAAGAGCUGGUGCAGACAACCUGCUCUACUUCCUGUGGCUCACAGAGCCUUUUGUGGCCUGUGCUUUUGUCAACUAAUUUCAGUUAAUUUUGUUUUUGUCUUGGUUUUCUGAUGGUUUUACUCCUUGAGUUGCUGUUUUCCUGCAUCCCUACUGUACCCUAAACCUCCUUCACAUAGUCUCAAAUUAAGUAAAAUCAUAAUAGUUGAAAGAAGUGUAUGAUUUCAGUUACAUAUUUUAUUCAGGCAAUUCAUUUCUAUUUGUCUUGGAAUGUAAUUCUGAAAGACAGUCAUCCAAUACAUGUUUGUAACUGUCAUAAUA